AUGUAUGGUGAAGACUCUUGCCUUCAAGCCAACGUGACAGUUGUGACUGAAUUCCUCUUCAUUGGGGUUGAGAGCGGGCUGAAAAACGUCUACCUAGAGCUGGCCAUCUUCCUAUUGGUGGUCUACCUGAUGAUCCUGAUUGGGAAGCUCAUCAUACUUACCCUGGUGGCGACAGACCCCAAGCUGCAGUCAGCCAUGUACAUGUUCCUCAGCCAUCUGUCCCUCGUAGACAUUGUGAUAUCGACCAGUGUUCUGCCUAAGAUGAUAGCAGUGAGUUUGUGGAAUGACGUAACGAUCUCGUACUCAGCGUGUUUCCUCCAGUUGUAUGUGUAUUUGUCAUUUCAAACCGUCGAGAGCAUGCUGCUGUGUGUCAUGGCCUAUGACCGCUAUGUCGCCAUCUGCAAUCCCUUACGUUACAGCAGCAUUAUUAAGAGACUGUGCGGUCUGUUGACUACAGCGGCAUGGGCAUCUGGACUCAGUUUACCUGUCUUCUGUGUAGUUUUCGCAGCACAAUUGCGCAUCUGUAGCAUCAAAAUACAUUUUUGGUUCUGUGAUCUUCCUCCUGUAGUUUCACUGUCCUGUUCGGACACAACCUUUUUGAUCGACGUGGCUCCUGUGUGCUUAGCGAUCUAUUUCCCGUUCACUGUCAUUAUUUGGUCCUACUUCAGAAUCCUUGUAGCCGUCUGCAAGAUUGCAUCUUCAGAGGGCCGUAUGAAAGCCUUCUCUACCUGCUCCGCACAUCUCACUGUCGUCCUCCCCUUCUACUUCGCUCACUCCUGCGUCUACAUCAGUGCCACAUCUGAAAACAUUCACUGUAAAGUUAUAAUCUUGAUAUGUAUUGUUAACUGCUUCCUGACUCCUGUUAUAAAUCCCAUCAUCUAUAGUUUAAGAAACAAAGAGAUAACGGCUGCGCUGAGAAGGCUCUGUUCUGGUAAGGGCGACUCUGAUGGUGUACAACAGGGACACGUUUGA